AUGUCGCGUGUUGCAACUAACAAUUCAACACCGCGUUAUAAUAAUGGUGUUGGACAAUCAAAACCUCCAAGUAAUAAAAAUAGUAUGGGUAAUGGUGGUGGUGGUGGUGGUGGACAUGGUAUUGCUGUACGUAGUGCAGCACCACCACUUAUACAAAAAGAGACUGUACAUGCUUGCCUUGUUUGUAAUGGUGAAUACAAAGAUCCUCGAGUAUUACCAUGUACACAUACAUAUUGUUUAAAUUGUAUUCGAGAUAAAUUGAUGAAUAAUAAUCGAGUUAUUUGUCCUAAAUGUCAACAACAAGUUGACGAUAUUGAUCUCAAUGAUUUACCACGUAAUAUUAUUUUAAGUCAAGAAUGGCGUAUGAAUGUUCAACCUAUAACAUCAGUUCCAACACCUAAAAAACCUGUUACAUAUCAAUCAAUUAUAUCAACACCAACACAAAUGUCCAAUCAACAAGAUAAACGUAAAUCAAGUAUAGCCGAAAGUAAUGGUCAUAAUUCAUCAACAGGUGGAACAAAAUCCUAUGGAAUUACUUCACUUGUUAAUGCAUUUAGUAGACAAUCUGGAACAAAUGGAAAAACUAGUGGACGAUCAUCUCGUUCAUCAAGUAAAUCUAGUAUACAACAACCAGUUGUAUUGAAUUUAGUCAAAAUUUAUUCUGAAGCUACAUUAACACGACCACUAGAACAACAAAGAAGUGAUAGUGUUGUAUCAACAGGAAAAAGUGAUGAAUUAAUAAAAAUUUUUGAACAAGCAACAAAUCGUUCACAACAACAACAACAACAACAACAACAACAACAACAACAACAACAACAACUACAACAACAACAACAACAACUACAACAACAACAACAACGAACACCAUCAGCAUCAAUUAGUAAACGACCAUCACAAGCACGUGAAGAAUCUUAUGAAGAAAUGACAUGGGAUACUCUUGUACAUGGAACUGUUCCAAUAGCUCCUCCAUUUCCUGAUCAAUGGCAUAAAGCAACAGAAAAUCUUCAUUAUCCACCAGAAGCACCUGAACGACCAAUAUCAGUUGCAGCAUCUGAUCGAAGUUUAAAUGUAGAUAAUCUUCAUAAUAUAAUUGCAUCUAUAAAUGAACAUACACAUGAACGAAUUCCUCCAUCAUUUCCUCAAGGACAACUUUCAUCUUCUCAAUCACAUAGUCGUCCUUCAACUUCUUCUCGUUCACAACAUGAUUUUGAUGAUGAUGAUGAUGAUGAUAAUCAUAUGCCUAUACAACCAUCAACUUAUGCUAGUAUACAACCACGACAAAUUAAUCGUUUAGGUAGUCGUGCCGAUAGUAUUCAAAGUAGUUCUACUAGUUCAACAAUAAGACAUUCUCCAGCUCCACCAAUAAUAAAUACUUAUCAACCAAGAUCAAGUGUUGCAUCUACUCCACAAAAACAACAACAACAACAACAAGCUCAUAAAUUGCCUUCUCGUAGUUCUUCAACAACUUCACCAUCGGGAACAUCUCCAGAACGUUCUCCACAACACAUUAUUCAUACACUUGAUUUUACUGUUGAUGAAGCUCUUAAACCACGAUCUCCAUCACUUAUUUCACUUCGAUCAGCAGGUUCUGAUGAUGCCAAUGAAAAAAUACCUAUCGAUAAAACUAAUUUAUCAUCAACAGAACGCUUUAAAGCUCCUGCUGCCAAUAUUCCACCUCUUACUCAAACAAAUAAUUCAUUACGUGCUCAUUCACGAACAAAUAGUGGUUUAUCGACACCAACAAAUCGAUCAGCAUCAAGAUCUAUGGAACGUGAUACACAUUAUCUUGUUCCAACACCACCAUCAACAACAACAACAACAGCUGUAUCAUCACGUGUUGAUUUAUUAUUAUCAGAUCAAAAACGUUUAGAACGUGAAAUAGAUGAACAAAUUAAACGUUUAAAAUAUGAUUAUGAUGAUAUACGUAAACAAAUUCAUCGUAAAGAAUCUUCAAUACAUCAUGAAGUUAAAAAUUUAGCUGCAAAUUUUGAUGAUAAUAUAACAGAACAUUAUCAACGACAACAAAGAAUAUAUGCUGAUUUAGCUGCUGAUACAAAUACAAUUGGAAAUGAAUUAGAACAUUUAAAAUCAUUUACAUAUACAAAUAAUAAUAAACAACAAUUAUGGGAUAAUCUUGAAAAAAUUGAAUCUAAUAUACGAACUAUUCGUCGAACUAUUGAACAACAAAAACAAUCACAUAACGCUUUAAUAUUUGCUGAAGGACAUCGAGCUAUAGCACCUGAUACAAUUGGACAAGUAACAUAUAAUCAAAUAGAAUCUCAUCGACGUUUUAAUUCUCCAACACCACCACCACCACCAUUACCACCAACUCCAUCAUCAUUUCAUAUUGAACAAACUUCAACAAAUAUUGUACCACGUAAAUAUCUUAAAAUUGAUCAUUUAUCAACAUUAGAACCUGAAACAAUAGCAAUGACAGAAAAUAAUAAAAAAAUUUUAUUAGGUAUAUGUAAUAAAUUAUUUAUACUUAAUGAACAUGGUGAUACACUUAAAAUAAUACCAUUAUCACCAAGUAUACGUGGUAUAACUGUAUCAAAAAAAUAUCAAUCACAAAAUAUUGCUUAUAUAUCACAUGAUGAAUCCAUAAGUAUGAUUGAUAUUGAUAAUGGACAAACAUUAGAUUGUGUUAAAGAAACAGAUUCAAAUGGUCAAUCAAGUAUAUUUUUACCAUUAGGUAUUGAUACAGAUAGUACACGUGGAGAUGUUUAUGUAUGUGAUUAUCGAAAUUCAUGUGUACUUAAAUUUGAUGAUAAACUUGAAUUUAUUAAACAAUGGAAAAUUUAUAAUCAUUCUGAACAAUAUGAUGAAGCUCGACCAAAAUUAAUUUCUGUUUAUGGACAAAAAUUAUAUAUUAUUAUUGAACAUUCAAGUAAACCAUUUUAUAAUCAAGGUAUUGCUUAUACAUUUUCACUUCAUAUAUGUGAUGCUAAUUCUGGUAAUGUAAUAAAAAUAAUUGACUCUAAUGUAUUAGCAACACAACGCCUUCGUUGGCCAUGUUCUGUUCAAGCAAUAAAUAAUGAAAAAUGUUAUAUAUUAGAUACGAUGACAUCAGGCAAAUAUUUUAAUGGUCAAUGGCAAAAACAUUGGUCACGUGUACUUGAAAUUGAACCAGAUGGUCAUCAUAUUGUAACAGAAUUAUUUCAAUUAGAUAGUGAAGCAGCAACAAUGGCGAUGACUAAACAAAUAAUGACUAUUGCUGCUAAUGGUGACAUACUUUUUGUUGAUUUGAGUUUUCUUUCUAAGAAACAACAACAGAUUAGUUAUGAUCGUGAUUAUCAAAAUUUACCGUGA